CAUCUGUGAGUCCACCCCAAUCGACGGGGUUUCCAGUGCUUUCCACACCGUCCCCCUCAUCGAUACUAGUUCCAACCAAUACUAUUCCCUUUGUGACCCUGCAUACAUCUACUAUGCUGUCACCACCGAAGUCAUCACAUCAAACAGAGACUCCUACCCUGUCAAUAUCUUCCAUGUCUUCUCCAAUAACGACGAUGACUAGGACAGCGUCUUCCUCUGAAAUGCCCUCCACCUCAUCUCAGUCUCUAACGAGUCCUUCUGGCUCAACCGCACUGUCCCCAACGCAAUUGGGUGAGGAUGAUGCCUUGAAUUCACGUAUGCUCCACGGGAGCAUGGCAUAUCUUUCUCCACCGACAACGGGCCUCCUCCCCCCCAGUUUACCAACGAACACGUUAGAAGGGAAACCAUUAGUGGGAAAUUUCUCGAAUGGAGGUUAUACUAUGAGCUCUGGUCCAUCUCCAUCUGCUUUCUCGACGACCGGGAGCCAUCCCUCGAGCUCUAGUCCAUCUCCUCCACCUGCUCUCUCAGCGCCUGGAGCCCAUCGCUCGAGUCUCACUGGCAUACUUGUUGGGUCCGUCAUAGGCGGACUCGUCCUUGUUGCCAUACUGGUAUUCAUCAUCGUUCGGUUAAGACGGAAAACAUCUAGUACGAUGAAGCCCUACAUCAACCACCGUUCGAGUAUCCUUAGAAACGACGGGCACGCAGCAGACAAACACUAUGACUUAAUAUCAGAUUCCCCCAUUAACUCUUGUGCCCUACCCUACACCCUCCCCGAUAUCCCAAAUACACCCCC